AUGCCUCCCAAGAAAGCUACCGGUGCCGCUGCUGCCGCCAAAGAGCAGAAGGAGAAGAAGACCGCCGCUGCCCCCGCUCAUGCCUCAUACAAAGACAUGAUCAAGGACGCCAUCAUCAAUCUUAAGGAGCGAAAUGGAAGCAGCCGACAAGCCAUCAAGAAAUACGUCAAGGCCAACAACAAGAUCACCGUCACCUCCGAGACCCAAUUUGACUCACUGUUCAACAAGGCCUUGAAGUCUGGUGUCGAGAAGAGUGACUUCACACAACCAAAGGGUCCCUCCGGCCCCGUUAAGCUCGCGAAGAAGGAAGCCAAGCCUGCCGAGAAGAAGGCCGCCGCUCCCAAGAAGGAGAAGGCCGUCAAGGAGGAGAAGGAGGCCAAGCCAAAGACAACCAAGACCAAGACCGCCGCCAAACCCAAGACUGCUGCUAGCAAAGCAAAGAAGGCUACUGCCCCCAAGAAGGCGUCCGCCGCUAAGCCCAAGGCUAACACCGCCACGAAGCGAGCUCCCAAGACCAAGGCCAAGGCUGAGGCUCCCGCCGAUGCCGUCACAGAUGCUCCCACAGUGCUUAAGAAGACCAAGUCUGGACGUGUCAGCAAGACAAAGACUACCGCUGGCACCACCAAGAAGGCCCCAGCCAAGAAAGCUGCCCCCAAAAAAUCAGCCACCCCCAAGAAGGCGGCCACACCUAAGAAGGCCGAGGCUGCUGCAUGA